ACCCCCUUGUUUCGAAACAAAUCACGAAUUAAAAAUUCCAUAAGAGCUUUGUGUGGAUUGAAAGAAAGGUAGAAAAAUGUCUCCUGAACCAAUUGUUGGAGAUUAUCGACCAUGUGAGAAUUCAGAUGGUGAACAUGCGAAAGAUGUAGCACAAUGGGCAGUAACAGAAUACAACAUAAAACACCGCCCUGAAGGUCAUUACUUGUACCUUGUUAGAGUAUUGAAGUGCGAGUCGCAAGUGGUGGCUGGAACCAAUUGGCGUCUGCUGUUGGAGUGUAAGGAUGAAAAUAAUUGUGUGGAAAGGCGGUGUUUUAUGUUGUAUUCUGUUACUGCCCAUUGUGCUACAUCUUUCGCAUGUUCACCAUCUGAAUUCUCACAUGGUCGAUAAUCUCCAACAAUUGGUUCAGGAGACAUUUUUCUACCUU